AUGGUGCUUUCUCAAUCAGAUCAGGUUAUUCACACUCAAAUCCAUCUAAAAGCUGAAUCCAAAUCGUUUUUUUGUUCCUUUGUCUAUGCGGAGAAUAAGUAUCAAGAUCUUAGAACUCUUUGGGAUGAUCUUUGUAAGCAUAACACCUUAGCUCAUGCUCACCCGUGGGUAGUUUUAGGUGAUUUUAAUGCAGCCCUUAAUCUGGAAGAUUGCUUAUAUGGUACCUCGUCUCAUACUAUUGGUAUGAGAGAAUUUUUUGAUUGCAUUCAAGCUGUUGAGCUUGUGGAUGUUAAGAGUCAUGGGUUGCAUUACACCUGGAAUAAAAAACCGAAAGAAGGGAUUGGAGUCCUCAAGAAAAUAGAUCGAAUUAUGAGCAAUAUGAAGUUCAUGGACUUAUUUCCGGAAGUGUAUGCGGUUUUUCAACCAGCUCGGGUUUCUGACCAUACCCCUUGUGUUCUAAAGCUGUCUUCUAUUACUCGUUCCAAGCAGAGGCCUUUCAAAUUUCCGAAUUUCCUAAUUUCUAAACCUGAAUUCAGACAACUAGUGGUUAAUGAAUGGGCUAAGGGAGUGCAAGGAUGUCAUAUGUUUUCGGUAACUAAGAAGAUGAGGAAUCUUAAACCUUGUUUUCGUAAGCUUAUGCACCUCCAAGGAAAUCUGCAUGACAAGGUUAAACGGCUGCGUUGUGAAUUGGAUUCCAUUCAGCAAAUUGUUGAUGCGAACCCUUUAGAUGGUGAGGCUCGUAAUUUAGCUGCUAAAUAUCUUCGAGAAUUUCAGGAGGCGGCUUAUGAUGAGGAGUGCUUCUUAAAGCAAAAAUCUAAGGUUGAAUGGCUUUGUGCGGGUGACUCGAAUACAACCUAUUUUCACAAUGCUGUGAAAACUAGGAACUUUAGAAACAAAAUACACUGUAUUCACGAUGUGCAUGGGAAUCGGUUUGAGGGUGAGGAUGUCACGACUGCCCUUGUGGAGCACUAUUCGAAUUUCUUGGGUUCGGUGCAUGGAGUUCAGAACUUUGAGGGUGUGGAUCUCUUUGUUACUACCCUAAAUCAAGCUUCGGCUGCUCACAUGGUUAGGCAAGUGACCCGCGAAGAGGUGAAAUCAGCCAUGUUUAAUAUUGGUGAAAACAAGGCUCCUGGUCCGGAUGGUUAA